AUGCAUGAUACUGAACAACGACGACGACGACAGGAAGUGGAUGCUGAAAUAGGCUCCAUGCAACGACUGCUGCAGUCGACUGAGGCUAAGUGUAUGUAUGCUCUGUCGGAGUAUGCGCAGGAUCAUCGUUCUGACUGCUUUGGUAGUGGCGCACAUGAAGCGGCAGAUUAUACUGUAAGAAUAUUGCCCGUUGGCGAGCGGCGCUGUACCUGGAAACGAGAGAUUAGAAGAGUAGGAGCAAUUUCUCCGCGUGUCGCCAAGUUCUUCCUUGUGCUUGCUGGCCUGCUGUUCCGUACAAGUUCGUCGAAUAUCGCGGAGUGGCUGAAACUCGUCCGGGAACAAAUAUGGGGUUAUAUUUGA